ACGCUAUUGCGCUGCGCGCGACAUGGCCACGCGGAGGGAGCUUUGGCAUCUCUCGUCUCUCGAAAAAUCUAGAGUGGAAUGGAUAGGACCAAUCCACAUCCACAUCACUCCCCUGCAUCCGCUCUACUCCUACAAAGGAACGAACUGAGCAAGAUUCAAAGAAUCAUCAGCCCAUCCAAUCCAAUCCGUCUUCCUCUUCUCCUCUCCUUGCUGCACUAGUAGAUGAGCAUGGCGGCGACGGCACCGGCGGCCGCCACGGCCACGGCCUGGCCUUCCACCUCCUCCUCUAUCCACCACCACGCCACCCCCAACCCCCGCGCCCUCCGCUCCGGCUUCCUCGGCCGCGCCCUCACGCUCUGCCCGCACCCGGUGGACGCCCGCGCCGCCGCCGCCGUGUCCGUGCGCGCGGCCUGGGACGGUCCGCUCUCCUCCGCGCGCCUCAUCAUGCAGGGCCGCAACGUCAAGCUGACGGAGAAGCUCAAGGAGCACAUCGAGGACAAGGUGGGGCGCGCGGUGUCCAACCACGCGCACCUGGUGCGGGAGGUGGACGUGCGCCUCUCCGCCCGCGGCGGCGACCUCAGCAAGGGCCCCAAGCUCUCCCGCUGCGAGGUCACGCUCUUCACGCGCCGCCACGGCGUCGUGCGCGCCGAGGAGGAGGAGGAAUCCUCCUACGCAUCCAUCGACGCCGCCGCCGCCGUCGUCAAGCGCAAGCUCCGCAAGAUCAAGGAGAAGGAGACGGACGUGCGCCACCUCAAGGGCACCAAGGAGUGGCAGGCCGCCGACGCUGAUGCGACUGGCUUCUCCGACGUCGAGGAGGAAUCGGAGCUAGAGCUCGAGGAGGACGACCUCGUCGAGGUCAUCGGCGCCGAGGACGAGGAGACCGUGCUCACCAAGGUUGUGCGCACCAAGGUGUUCGAGAUGGCGCCGCUGACGGUGGACGAGGCGCUGGAGCAGCUCGAGAACGUCGACCAUGACUUCUACGCCUUCAGGAACGAGCAGACAGGCGAGGUGAACAUCCUGUACAAGAGGAAGGAGGGAGGGUUCGGGCUCAUCAUCCCUAAGCAGGACGGCCACGUCGACAAGGCCACCGUCAACGCCAAGGAGCACCCCGUCGCCGGCUGACCACGCCCUCCGUCAAUCACUAGCUGUAGCUGCAUUAGUUGGUCUGUUUUUUUUCCCUCAUGAUGGUCGGUGUCUGUCAAGCAAGUGUUGGUGUUUCAUCAGAUCAGACAGCCCCUUCUUUGUGCAAAUUAACAGACGCUCUCUGGGCUGUGUUAACUCAUGAUGAUCCCACAUACCAGUUGGUAA